AAAAUGAAGUUUGAUAGUAUACUUUCAGAAAUUAAUGGAUGUGGGAAAUUCCAAAUCAUGUUAAUACUGAUUCAGAGUAUCUCUCGAGUGACGCUGCCAUGCCAUUUUCUGUUGAAUAACUUCAUAGCAGCUGUUCCCUCUCACCACUGUGAUCUGAGUACUCUGGACCAUGGAAAAGUCUUUAAGAAUUUAACUCUUGAUCAGAAACUUACUGUUAGUAUUCCAGUGCAGGAAGACGGGACUCCAAGCUCCUGUCAAAUGUUUGCAGAGCCCCAGUAUCAUCUUCUCUCAGGCUUCAAUAGUAGUGGUAAUAAACACACGGUUCAAUGUCAGAAUGGAUGGGUGUAUGACAAUAGUAUGUUUAAAUCUACACUGGCAAUCGAGUGGGACCUCGUCUGCAGCAGGAAAGCGAUGAACAGAGCAACAGCUACAAUUUUCUUCAUUGGUGUAAUGUGUGGAGCGCCUUUAUUUGGAUUUCUUAGUGACAGAUAUGGGAGACGGAAAAUACUGAUGGUAUCUUAUCUGUCAGCCAUGAUAUUUGCAAUAGCAAGUUCGUUCUCUACGUCAUAUGUAAUGUUCGUCACCAUGAGAUUUUUCACUGGAAUGACACUCGCAGGGAUAAGCAUUAUCUCCAUUGUCCUGAACGUUGAGUGGUUUGGCAUCAAGCACAGGACUUUUGCAGGUGUGAUUGUAAGCCUUGAUUGGACAAUCGGUAAUUGGUUGCUAGCUGGAAUUGGAUACUUUGUAAAUGAGUGGAGAAUGCUCAUAUUGGCAGUGACCUCACCCCUGUUAUUGUCCAUCAUCGCUUGGUGGUGGCUUCCUGAGUCAGCAAGGUGGCUUCUGGCAAAUGGAAAGAUGGACGCUGCUCAUUUUUACAUAAUGAAAUGUGCCAAGAUGAAUAACAAGUCCAAUUGUAUAGCUUUCAUCACACCAGAGAUGUUGGAUUUAAAUGGAGUUGAAAUAGAAAAUAGAAAAUACACUUUUUAUGAUCUUGUAAGGACUCCAAAUAUCAGAAAACUUGCCAUCUGUUCAGGUAUAGUAUGGUAUGGAGUAGCAUUUACAUACUAUGGGAUAAGUCUGAAUAUCUCUGGAUUUGGGCUAAACCCAUACCUUACACAAUUCGUUUUUGCCUCGAUCGAGAUGCCGGGAAAGAUUGGCAUCUAUUACUUGCUGAACAAAGUGGGCAGAAAGCCUGCCCAGGUUGGCACGCUGAUGUUAACUGGACUGUGUCUUUUAAUCAACAUCUUUGUUCCAAAAGAUAAGUGGACACUUCGCACUAUUGUGGCUAUCCUUGGAAAAGGCCUAUCAGAAGCAUCAUUUACUAUCAUGUUCCUCUUCACAACUGAACUCUACCCCACGGUUGUACGACAGAAUGGUUUAGGCUACACGUUGUUUGUGGCACGGCUGGGUGUGUCCAUUGCUCCACUCAUCAUCCUAUUGGAGGACAUGUGGCAUCUCCUCCCUGCGCUAAUUUUUUGUAUUGUCGCAACUGGGUCAGGAUUAGUGGCUUCACUCCUGCCUGAAACCCUGAACACCUGCCUGCCAGAGUUCAUCGACGAUAUUGAGAAACCAAGGUACAGAAGAAAUGUGUUAAGGAUUAUUCAGCAAUCUGACCUCGGUGGCACAGAUUGUGCUCUUCUCCGGGUUGAGUUUCACUCCUCGCUCUCUGGAGCACUGCAACAUGGCCCGGAGUUUGCUGUUGUGCUCCUCCUUGCUCUUUACAUAUAUGAGGACAUCAUCCACUAUGGCUGUGACUCCUUGUAG